AUGUCGCACAUCACGAACCCGCUGGCAUCGUCGGCCCAGCUGGUGCGCUGCCAGACGCGCAUGGCAGCGCUGGGGCAGCCGGCGGAGCUGCUGGACGUCGUGUUCUUUGCGGUGCAGUGCCUGACGCAGGCGGCCGGCCUGCUGCUGGAGCUGCCGCAGUCGACGACGGCGCGGGCCUGCGUGGUGCUGGCACGAUACUGGCUGGUGGUGCCGGGUUUUCUGGCGACCGCAGACGGUGAUGGCGACGACGGCAUCGACUACCUGCACGUCUCGGCGGCCGCGCUGUACGUGGUGGCCAAGACGGGCGCCGCGCCGCGAUCGGCUCGCGACCUGGCCAACGUGUACGCCUAUCUCGGCGCGACCGUGGACUUCUGGGGCUGCCAGACCGACAGAGAUGACGAUGCGCGAGACCGCAGCCGGAGCUACCUCGCCGACGCCGCGUAUGUGGCCUUUCACGAUCGCGUGCUCGCCCUCGAGGCCCGUCUGCUCUGCGCCCUCGGCUUCGACACCCACGUGGCCCUGCCGCAUCCGCUGGCCAUCACCUACCUUCAGGCAAUGGACUUUCUCGCUGUCGACAGCAGCAACAACAACAACAGCAAAGCCCCAGCCGACGCCGGCUCGCCCGCCCACACGCUCGCCCGUCGCGCCGUCGCUUACCUCAAUACUGCGCUGCUCAGCCCCCAGCUGCUCUACCUCACACAUCAGCCGCACGAGCUCGCCGUCGCGGCCGUCUACAGUGCCGCUCGUGACGGCGCCUGCCACUUGCCGCCCGGCACGCCCUGGUGGCUCGUCUUCGACGUCGACCGCGAGACCCUCGGCUUCCUCGCUGUCGCUCUGCGCAGCGUCGCCUCCUGGGCCGAUACCCUGCAACGGUCGCCGUCGUCGCUGCUGACCGGUGGCAUCGUUACCCGGCGGCGUGUCGCCGAGGCCGCCGCUGCCUGGGAGACGAUCCCGUCGUGA